CCAAGCAUAAAGACGCUUUUCAGCUGGAAAUCAUGUUUGUCUCCCUAACACUGUUGCUUUGGUUGACCCUCCCAUUUUCUGAAGCCAGAAUAGCUACCAAAGGUGAAUCAAACGAGCUCAAAGAAGUGAAAAAAUUUACCAAAGGUGAAUUAGAGGAGCUUGCAAAAAUAAUAUUCCUACCGAGCGUAAACUUAUUGGACGACUUUCCAGAAAAAGAGAAUAGGAUUUUUGAUCCACUUUCGCCAGAAUGCUUUACAAAGAAGACCUUAACGUCGUCAAGCAGCAAGUUCGAUUAUUAUAAAAAUACCAACGCAUUGUAUAAGUCACUGGCCACCGAGUCAAGCUUGAGCGCAUCCUUAACCUCUACGUUUACUUUGGGUGCUACUGUAUCAGUGGCAACAAAGAGCAAAAGCUCAGAGAAAAGCGAAGUGAGUGGCAUAUCUUUGAUCAAGCAGGCGUUGGCAGAAAAGAUUUACGUUAAUAAAGAAUGCCUCACAAGUGCCAAAAUGUCCACCCUGAAUAAAGAAUUUAUGGAAUCCUUUAGUGCAUUGCCACUGCAAAUUAAAGAACCCUGGCUCCACAAUUCUUGGAAACCAUACAGCGCUUUCCUGGAGAAAUACGGCUCUCAUGUCAUAACGUCUAAAGAGACCGGAUCAAGGUUCCAGCAAAUGGUGUUCGCAGAGAGCUCUGAGUCGUAUAGCGAAAGAGAUUUCCAGGUGAGAGCCUGUAUCUCGGCCGCAGGUCCCACAGAUGUUGGGGAGCUUGGUCUUUCGGCUUGUUCUAAUGUGACAAACAGUGAAAUAUCCCAGGCAAGCAAGAUGACUGUUAGCGAGACAAGGUUUGUCAGGGGAGGACUGAGGGAUACAAAUAGCGCUUUGAAUAAUGGAAAGACGUCGACUGAACUGAUAAAGAAACUUAUGAAUGAAGCUGAUGAGGCACCUAAGCCUGUCCAGCAUACUUUCAUGACGAUCUGGAGCAUAUUACAAAGCCGCUUUGAAUCAGGAUCUAAGAAUUACCACCGAGCAACAAACCUCCAUUACUACUACAGUGGAUACUUGGAUUAUGGCUGUCCCUACAGUAAAAGUGGUAAUGUUGAAAUUCAAAAGUUCGACUACAAACAGCCAAUGAAAGGAAAUCCAGAAUUCGUAUGUACUCUCGCUGACGAUGGUUGCCAUAACGAUAACGAUUGUCAUUACGUAAUUGGCGUCAAGUGUGCUUGCAGAGGAAAAACGUGCGUUCGCUACCAUUCGGAAAAACAAAUAACAGGUCAAAUCAAACAAAUGGCAUACGUCAACAACCACAACUGGAUGUGGGAAGGAUGCAAUUGGAAAAAGUUGUGGAUUGAGUGUGGUUGCUACAAUAAAGAUCGCAACGAACGGAAGGUUGUGUGGUUCCUACCAAUUACGUCCAAAGAUGCUGGUAAACAUAAAGCACCUCGCAACGGAACCUACGACGAGGCAAAGGAUCCUGUUACAGAUCAAGCGAGAGGAAUGCCAAAACCUUACACAGCUAAAGAUGCUGCCAAGCACUCAACACCCGGCGGUAAUAAGCACCACGCAGGAAAACAUCCAAUUCAAAGUCAACGGAAGGAAGAAGAAGAAGAAAUGUGAUUAUUCUCUUAUCUUACAUGUAGUCACUAAAACGGCGAGCACCUAAUUAAGCGAAAAUAAAAACUGGGGUAAUACAACAGUUGGCCAUUCGAUCAGAGUUGGACAGCUGUACUUUAAACAUUUCUCGAUCAGGUACUUGGAAUGUUGAAAUGUAAAUCCAAUUAAAGUGUUAAAAUAAAAAGGAGUGCAUUCACCUGAGUUGAACUUAUUUUUGUUAAGGGGAAAGGGGAAAG